GUCUCGGUUGAAGUUUCCACAUAAUACUUUGCGCGUUUCUUGACCCCUUCUUCUUUGAGAUCUCUUACCUCGCCCUCACUCUGGCCACAAACAGCUAUAUAUACUGCCCCCUGUGCAUUGUGUUUCUAAGCCUGUCCGCUCGAACCUUGUGUCGUCCAGCCAUGGAUAGAAGAAACAGUAGUCCAUGGUCGUUCACGCUCCCAAGUUUCUUGCUUUGCUUAUCUCUCUGCACCACCCGCCUCUGUCUUGGCUCCAACACCAUCUCCGUCAACCAGUCCCUCUCCGGCAACAAAAUCUUAAUCUCCUCCGGCGGCACCUUCAGGCUCGGUUUCUUCACACCAGGGACAACCCCGUCACCGACAGGUACUCCACUGAACUGAAGAUCUCGGGUGGCAAUCUUGUUAUGGUCAACGGCUCCCGAGUCCCCGUUUGGUCCACAAAUCUGAGUACUUCUUCAUCUGGGUCGAGCUCAACGGUGGCGGUUCUUGGGGACGACGGCAACUUCGCUCUCAAAGACGGGCCGAAUUCUUCCGUGACCCUGUGGCAGAGCUUUGAUCACCCGACGCACACGUGGCUUCCCGGUGCGAAAUUAGCGAUCGACAAGCGCAAAAACACGAGUCAGCUCUUGACAUCAUGGAAGAACUCUGAGGAUCCUUCGACAGGUUUGUUCUCUCUCCAGCUGCAGCCAUCCAAUGAGUACUUCAUAUUGUGGAACAAGUCGAUUCAUUAUUGGACCAGCGGGCAGUGGGAUAGUAAGAAUAGUGUGUUUGACAACGUGCCUGAGUUGAGAGCAAACUUUAUUUUCAAUUUCAGCUUUGUGGACAACGAAAAUGAGAGCUACUUCACUUAUUCAACGAAAAACAGUAGCAAUGACACAUCAAGAGUGGUGUUGGAUCUUUCUGGGCAGAUUCAGGAGCUUUUCUGGUUGCCCUCCCAGCAGUGGAACAUGUUCUGGUCCAAGCCCCCAACACGAUGUCAAGUCCACAAUCUUUGUGGGCCUUUUGGUGUUUGCAGCGAGAGCACGGAUGACUUUUGCAGCUGCUUGCCAGGGUUUAGUAUAACCUCGCUAAAAGAUUGGAAUCUGAGUGACAUGUCUAGUGGUUGUAAGAGGAAUUCCAACUUGAGUUGUGCUUUGAGCACUUCAGAUGGGGGGAAGGACCGAUUCUUGCUUAGUUCUAACAUGAAAUUGUCGGCAGAUUUCCAAUCUUUACCUGUAAGAAAUGCCAAGGAAUGUCGCCUCUCUUGUUUGAACAAUUGCUCUUGCACGGCUUAUGCUUUCGAGAAUAAUGCCUGCUCAAUUUGGUUCGGCGACCUCUUCAAUGUACAACGGCUUGCACAAGGUGAUACCACUGCAAGUAGUUUCUACCUCCGGCUUGCCGCCUCCGAUGUUGAGGAUCUCAGCAAGAAGAUAGUUGCAGGGUCUGUUAGUGCAGCCUUGAUGAUAUUAGCCAUUCUCUUGUUUGGCAUUUGGAGAUGGAGGAGGGCAACAGUAACAGUGAAGUCAGUGGAGGGUUCACUCAGAGCCUAUGCAUACCGUGACUUGUUAAUAGCAACUAAGAAUUUCUCGGAGAAGUUGGGCGAGGGCGGGUUUGGUUCAGUAUUCAAAGGAACAUUACCUGAUUCAACUCACAUAGCGGUCAAGAAGCUCGAAAGCAUAAGCCAAGGAGACAAGCAAUUCCGAACAGAAGUAAGCACGAUCGGGACCAUCCAGCAUGUGAAUCUUGUCAGGCUUCGUGGGUUCUGCUCUGAAGGUGACAAAAAGCUAUUGGUCUAUGAAUUCAUGCCAAAUGGCUCCUUAGACUAUUGUCUCUUUCAAAGAAAGGACUCGAAGACCUUGGAUUGGAAAACGAGGUACCAAAUUGCUUUGGGAACGGCUCGAGGUCUGGCUUAUCUCCAUGAGAAGUGUAGAGACUGCAUCAUACAUUGUGACAUCAAGCCAGAGAACAUCCUUCUAGAUGCUGAAUUCUGUCCAAAAGUGGCAGAUUUUGGCCUGGCAAAGCUUGUUGGUCGAGAUUUCAGCAGGGUGUUGACAACCAUGAGAGGCACAAGAGGGUAUCUUGCACCGGAGUGGAUCUCCGGAGUGGCCAUAACAGCAAAAGCUGACGUUUAUAGCUAUGGAAUGAUGCUCUUUGAAUUUGUAUCAGGACGGAGAAACUCAGAGGUAUCGGAAAAUGGGGACAUCAAGUUCUUCCCAACAUGGGCUGCUAGGAAGAUAUCUGAAGGAGGUGACCUGCUCGAUCUUUUGGAUCCAAACUUGGAGGCCAACGUAGAUACUGAAGAGCUAACUAGGAUUUGCAGAGUUGCUUGCUGGUGCGUCCAAGAUGAGGAAACGCACAGGCCAUCGAUGGGGCAGGUUGUUCCAAUACUCGAGGGGGUGUUGAAUGUGAACCUGCCCCAGAUACCGAGAGCCCUUCAACUGUUAGUUGAUAAUCAGGAGCAUAUAGUUUUCUUCACCGAGUCGUCAUCGUCUAACCAGAGUUCCCAGAUGAUGAGCAAUACAUCAACUGCUUCCGUGCAGAGUUCCCAGAUGAUGAGCAAUACAUCAACUGCUUCCGUGCAGAACCAAAAUAGUUCAUCUUCCACAAAUUCCAAUUCUUGA